AUGUUGGAUGUUGUUGGUAACUGAAAAAAGAUUAUUUGUUAAAUGUUUGUAAAUCCUUUUGAAAUAAACAGGAUGAAAGAACAAAUCAAAACAUCAAACGUGCACUGAGAAAAUAUGUUAACGAGAGCCACAAUGACUGGGACCUCCAUCUUCCUGCAGUUGUACAUGGCAUCAACACGGCUAGGCAGGUGGGUACACAUGCCCCGGUUGACAAUCUUCUAAUGUGUUUGACCUUUCAUUAGUCCUAAUGCAGUGUGCUAAUGGUGAACAUUUUAUAACCAGUCUUCAACAUGGUACACUCCAUACUUCUUUCUUUUUUCACCGACUUCCGCGCCUACCAGAAGUUUCAAAAGCCUGUCCAAUGGGAGAAACUAUUGACAUUGGAGAUCCAGAAGAAGACAUUGACACCAGAGUUAAAGAAAUUACAGCUUUGAAUGAAAAGAUUCUCAAGAAUAUUGAGAAGGCACAGACAAGACAACAGAGGUCUUAUGGGAACCGUAAAAGGAAGUUGGGGAAAACGUGUACAGUCAAUGUUGGGGAUUCUGUCCUUAUUUCUGAAAACCCAAAAAAGCAGUGUCUGAAACCGAGCCUUGCCAGCCGUCACCAAGGGCUUUUUACUGUAUCCAGCAUCUCUUCAAAAGGUGUCGCUACGGUCAUGAAAGACGACGAAAAGCACCAUCAGCUCAGUGUCUCACGUCUGAGGCCGUACUACAGUUUAGAAAAUCGUGGAGCAACUAAGGAUUGCUGUCUUCAGGACCAUCGAUAUUGGAUGUCUUCUCAAGCAAAUGACCAUCCCUAUGCUUGCUUAGGAGAUAAGUGGGAGAAGGAUUUGGGGCCUUUUCAGGAUGAACUGGCAAGUGCCCUGUCACCUUUGCAUUAUUGCUUAAUUAAUGGAAAUUUAAUUGUGGUUUUACAGCCAGCUUGCAGUGUUUUUAUGAACAUCUUUUAUUAA